CCUUCUUCAUUUUCGCAUCCACUUCUCAUUACUCCAUGUAUCAUCAACUUCUUUCAUUUUGUUUCAUGAUCCAUUUUAUAUCCUCCAUUUUAUCUCUUCAUUAGCUUUUUCUUUAGUUUAAAUUCUCUGCGUCUUCAUUUCCAGCUCCUUGCUUUUUCUUGUGAAGGAGGAGAGAGAGCAAGAUGGCGACCAACGGCAAUGGAGAGGCUGCAAACAUGAAUGGGAACGGAGCGGCGAGGGUGACACCAAAGACAGGGCUGAAAAAGAUCACGACAAGUGACAAACAUGAUGGAAUUUGCCAGGACAUGGCGGCACCGACGGUGAAGGCGCAGACUAUUGACGAGCUUCACUCUCUUCAGAGGAAAAAAUCUGCACCAACAACGCCUAAUAAAGGGUUCCAAGGUGCUUUUGCUCCUAUCACUGAAGAAGAACGUCAAAAACAGCAGCUACAGUCCAUCAGUGCGUCUUUGGCCUCACUGACAAGAGAAACUGGACCCAAGGUGGUGAAAGGGGACCCAGCUAACAAGAGAAGGAUCAGCCCACAAGAUCACCACCACCACCAUAACAUCACUGCGCCCACCAUCAGUGUCAGUGACAGUGCUUUAAAGUUCACUCAUGUUCUCUACAACCUAUCUCCUGCAGAGCUUUAUGAGCAGGCCAUAAAAUAUGAGAAAGGAUCAUUCAUUACAUCAACUGGUGCAUUGGCAACCCUUUCUGGUGCUAAAACUGGCAGGGCUCCCAGAGAUAAACGUGUUGUCAAGGAUGAUGAAACAAGCGAGGAGCUCUGGUGGGGCAAGGGUUCACCGAAUAUCGAAAUGGACGAGCACACUUUCUUGGUUAACAGGGAAAGAGCUGUUGAUUACUUGAAUUCUUUGGACAAGGUCUUCGUAAAUGAUCAAUUCUUGAACUGGGACCCUGAGAACAGAAUCAAAGUACGGAUUGUAUCUGCUAGAGCUUACCAUUCACUAUUUAUGCACAACAUGUGUAUCCGACCCACUCCUGAAGAACUGGAGGAUUUCGGUACUCCGGACUUCACUAUAUACAAUGCUGGCCAGUUCCCAUGUAAUCGUUACACACACUACAUGACAUCUUCUACUAGUAUAGAUUUGAAUCUAGCUAGAAGGGAAAUGGUCAUCCUCGGCACACAGUACGCCGGGGAAAUGAAGAAGGGUCUGUUCAGUGUUAUGCAUUAUCUCAUGCCUAAGCGUCAAAUCCUCUCCUUACACUCUGGCUGCAAUAUGGGAAAAGAUGGAGAUGUUGCUCUCUUCUUUGGAUUGUCAGGUACUGGAAAAACAACUCUGUCUACUGAUCCAAAUAGGUACCUAAUUGGAGAUGAUGAACACUGUUGGACUGAGACUGGAGUGUCAAAUAUUGAAGGGGGCUGCUAUGCCAAGUGCAUUGAUCUCUCAAAGGAGAAGGAACCUGAAAUCUGGAAUGCCAUUAAGUUUGGAACGGUGUUGGAAAAUGUGGUGUUUGAUGAACACACUCGUGAAGUGGAUUAUGGUGACAAAGGCGUCACAGAGAAUACUCGAGCAUCCUACCCCAUUGAGUACAUUCCUAAUGCAAAGAUACCAUGUGUUGGUCCACACCCCAAGAAUGUCAUCCUUUUGGCAUGUGAUGCAUUUGGUGUACUCCCACCUGUGAGCAAGCUAAACAUGGCACAGACCAUGUAUCAUUUCAUCAGUGGUUACACUGCUUUGGUGGCUGGCACAGAAGAUGGUGUGAAAGAACCACGGGCGACAUUCUCUGCUUGUUUUGGUGCUGCAUUUAUAAUGUUGCACCCGACUAAGUAUGCAGCUAUGCUAUCUGACAAGAUGCAAAAACAUGGUGCAACAGGAUGGCUUGUCAACACUGGCUGGUCAGGGGGAAGCUAUGGAUCAGGCAGCCGUAUCAAGUUAGCAUACACAAGGAAAAUCAUUGAUGCCAUACACUCUGGCAGCCUCUUGAAAGCAAAAUACAAGAAAACUGGGGUGUUUGGGUUUGAGAUCCCCAUUGAGGUUGAAGGAGUGCCUUCUGAAAUCCUGGACCCUGUGAACACUUGGUCAGACAAGAAAGCUUACAAGGACACGCUUUUGAAACUUGCUGGUCUGUUCAACACUAAUUUUGAAACAUUCACCGACCACAAGAUUGGAAAGGACAAUAAGCUUACAGAGGAGAUCCUGGCAGCUGGUCCGAAUUUCUAAUUGCCAAAAAGUAGAAGGAGAUGAUGUCUGAAGGAAUCUGGGGUAGCAGGCUGAUAGAAUAAAGAGUUAGGUUCUGAAGGUGUAUUUAUGUCAUGAAUCAUGAUGAUAUGUGUAAAACUGUUCCCUUGUUUAAUUCAUAAUCACAAGUUUACGA